AUGGCGACUAUGAUCACAACACCAACUGUUAUCCCUGACGCGGCGGUGGUUUUCGACGCCGCCGUCCUCCGCCACCAGUCCAACAUCCCGACGGAAUUCGUGUGGCCGGACCACGAGAAGCCGGGCAUCUACGCCGCCCGGGAAUUCCCGGUCCCGGUCAUCGACCUGGCCGCCUUCCGCUCCGGCGAUCUCGCCGCCGUCGCGGAAACCUGUAAGCUGGUGGACGAAGCCUGCAGAAAACAUGGCUUCUUUCUGGUGGUGAAUCACGGCGUCGACUAUGACCUCAUCUCCGACGCUAUCCGUGACAUGGACCGCUUCUUUGACUUGCCGCUGUCCACCAAGGAAAAAGCUGCGAGAAAGCUCGGCGAGCAUUGCGGCUAUGCCAGCAGUUUCACCGGCAGAUUCUCCGCCAAGCUGCCGUGGAAGGAAACUCUCUCUUUUAGAUAUUCCGACGAGAAAGAAUGUUCCCACAUCGUGGAAGAGUAUUUCCAGAAAACAUUGGGCCAAGAUUUCGCUGAUAUCGGGGGGGUUUAUCAAAAGUACAGCAAUGAGAUGAGCAAACUGGCUCUGGAGAUCAUGGAAUUGCUGGCGAUUGGUUUAGGCGUAAACCAAAAGCAUUUCAGUGAAUUCUUCCAAGAAAACGACUCAGUAAUGCGACUGAACUACUAUCCGCCAUGCCAGACACCAGAGCUCACCUUGGGGACCGGACCUCAUUGUGAUCCAACAUCCUUAACAAUCCUCCAUCAAGACAACGUGAGUGGGCUUCAAGUGUUUGUGGACAACGAGUGGCGUGCAGUUAACCCCAGCUUAAACGCUUUUGUCGUUAACAUAGGCGACACUUUCAUGGCGCUUUCGAAUGGGAUAUACAAGAGUUGUAUGCAUAGGGCGGUGGUGAACAAUAUGAUUCCCAGGAAGUCCAUAGCUUUCUUCCUUUGCCCUCACAAGGAUAAGGUGGUGGCGCCGCCGCCGGAGCUGGUGGGCUCCACUCAACCUAGGCUAUAUCCAGACUUCAAAUGGCCGACCCUCCUUGAGUUCACUCAGUUGCAUUACAGGUCUGACACCGACACUCUGCUCAACUUCUCUGGAUGGCUCCAACAGAACCAAACCCCCCAUGCAACCCAGGCCUAAGCAGCAGCAGGAA